AUGGAUUCUCGACAGCCCAGCCUGGACCUGGAGAAGGAGCUGACGUGCUCGAUUUGCACGGAGCUCCUUUACCAGCCUCUCACCUUGCUUGACUGUCUCCAUACCUUCUGCGGAGCUUGCCUGAAGGAAUGGUUUCGCUUUCAAGCCGCCAAAGCAGAAAGGGCGCCAACACCGCCAUCUCAUCAGAAUGCCAUCUUCACCUGCCCAUCAUGCCGCAGCUUCGUCCGAGAAACGAAGCACAACGCCACCGUGGUCACCUUGCUCGACAUGUUCGUUACGGCAAAUCCUGCCAAGGCUCGGUCCGAAGCCGACAAGGAAGAAAUGAUGGCCAAGUACAAGCCCGGAGAUCAAGUGUUGCCGAAGCUCAACGCUCGGAGGAAAACAAGGCACGAGCGGCGCGCGGACGAGGAAGAUCGUCGUCUGGUGGACCAAGUUCGAGAAAUGAGCUUCCGCGAGACCAUCCCCGGGCAGAGUCUGCAAGAGGCUACCCCACGUCGUCGCCACAGUCGGUCGGUCGCGGCCACAUCGCGGCCUGCCAGACACCGCAGCUCCAACUCGCGCCGUCGAAUCGCCAGGGAUUCUGCGAAUCCGCCUCGCAGUGAUGACUCUAGUCGCCAAGACUCCGAUACCAGCGGGGGGGCGCUUGAUCACCGACGAAGAAGGAGACAAAGCGACAGCCGGCAGCGUCGCGUUGAGCACCAAUCCUCCCUCAGAUCUCUCAUUGGGACGUCCGAAAUGAGCGACCGCGAUAUUGAGCGGGAGAUUGAGGAAUUCGCCCGUCAGAUCCAAGAGGAAGGACUCUUGGAUGGACUUGACCUGGAUAAUAUUGACCUGAGCCGAGACGAUGAACUAAGCCGACGCAUCACGGACGCCUAUAGACGCCGGCAGAGAGAACGGUCUCGCAACGAAUCAUCCCGACGGCAUGCCUCCAGUAGCAGCAAUGCCGAUGCUAGAAACCCGCCAGAGGCUGCUCAGACAGACACCAGGCUGAGGGUAUCGGAAAACAGAUCUAGUUCCCGAUCCCGCGGCAGCUCCAGGUCAGCAAGCAGGCAUGCCCAGCCCGACGACAGAAGCCGACCUCCGCCAGCAGGGCCAACAAGCCUCGAAGCGAGAGACCUGGCAAGGCGCCCAAGACGGAGGACGGCAAGCAGCGGCCGCAGUGUGACGGCACCCAUCUUUCCCUUGGCACGUGAAGGGCGCCUAGCUGCCCGUUCUCAAACAGACUUGGAUGUGGAUGUGCGAUCCCACACGUCGGACCUUGCAGCAGCUCCACGGCAGAACCUUGGCGAAUCCCAAUCCCGCAAUUCCAGCUCCCAGUCCGUACCUGUCUCAUCACAUGCAACCAAUGAUCUGUCCCCUACCACGGCGUCUGGUAACAAUGCCUCCUUUGCCAGUCGGGUGCCCCAGUGGAACCCCAACAUACAGGACUCACCACCGCCGCCAACAACAGCCUUGCCGAUUCAUGAGCAAGCCGAGGUCCGGAGCAGCAGAGCUCAUCCGCCAGCAGAACUAGCCAUUGUGCAUUCUUCUGCGUCUAGUCCGUUGAGCAGUCCAACCGCCUCCGCUGGCCAUCAGCGAGCAAGAUCUCAACUCUACCCUGAGCCUUGCAUCAACUGCUCGAGAUGCAACAAGCAACAUAUAGAGUACGAGCUGCACUACCAUUGCGCCACAUGCGCGGGUGGGCAGUGGAACAUUUGUCUCGGCUGUUACAGGUCGGGGAAAGGAUGCCAGUACUGGUUCGGUUUUGGCUACGGAGCGUGGAAGAAGUGGGAAAAGAUGCGGCAGCAAGGGGAUGAAUCACUGGCAGCGCCGCACAUGCUCACAGCGAGUCGCUACCUGCCCCCUCCUUCCUCGCAGGGCGGAGCUGAUGGCAGAAGGACGCUGACAACGGACGAUCCCAAGGGCAGGCUGGAGACGGGCACAUUCUGCGCGCGGUGCAUGGCCUGCACCAACGAUUGCUACUGGCGCUGCGAUGUCUGCAACGAGGGGGAUUGGGGGUUCUGCAACGAUUGCGUCAACCAAGGCCGCUCAUGCACACACAUGCUGCUUCCCCUGACCCAUGAAGCUGAACAAGCAACUGGCCGACCGCGAAGCCCCAGAUCCCCAGGGCGUCCACCCACCGCCACCAUCUACAGCGGGCCUCAGGCGACGAGUAUCGGACCUUUCAAGCCGCUCACCUUCAGCACCAGGUGCGACAUAUGCCAAGACCCCAUACCGCCGUCUCACGUUCGCUACCACUGCUCCGGCUGCACGAGUGCCCUGGUGCCGGAUGCUCCUCCAGGUGACUACGACAUCUGCUCGUCCUGCUACAACGGCCUGGUUUCGAGCGCGCAAAUCAGUCCCGAGAACGGCCAUUCUGGCUGGAGGCGUUGCCUGAACGGACACAGAAUGGCGGUCAUUGGGUUUACCGAAGGCAAGGUCGGGCAGUGGCGAUUUGUUGAAAGGGAUAUCGUGGGUGGUCACGCCCUCCGUUCGGAGCCCUUUGAAGAUGCCGACCACAAGGAGCAGGGGCUGCAGAAGUGGUCUUGGAAGAAUGGCAGCGAGAGAUGGGAGCGGCUCGCCACCAAGGAAGUGUCGGCUGCGGCGCCCACGUCGGUCCCGUCCGCCUCGUUUGCGCAAAGCUUCCCACCGGAUGGCGGUGCGGGCAUGAGGGCGAAUGCUCGCUGGGCAUGGUACCCCCAGGCCGGAUCCGAGGACGAAUUGUUGUUUCCAAAGGGCGCGGAGGUUCAAGAGAUUGAGGAUGUUAACGGAGAUUGGUUCUUUGGCACUUACAUGGGGGCCAAGGGGCUGUUCCCCGCUCCGUAUGUGCGGAUGAGCCAGCAACCAUCAUGA